CUGGAACCACCACACCAAUCUAGCGUGCAUGUGCCUUUGCUGAGCUUCAGCCUCGGAUUCCAUACGGUAAUUUGUCAACAAACGAUUCCACCACCACUUCGACCACACGUCCUCUCCAUGUCCUACAAGAGGUCACGCGCAACUUUCGAGGCCGACCUUACUGCUCAGCAAUCACCAUACGUUUUCUUCGGGACACCUCUUCCGCCGCGCGACCCCGAAGUUCGCGACGAUGGAUCCUACGUACCGAUAUGGAAGCAGGAGGUGAGGGACGAGCGAGGGAGGAAAAGACUACACGGCGCAUUCACAGGAGGAUUCAGUGCAGGCUACUUUAACACCGUCGGCUCCAAAGAAGGAUGGACACCCUCGACAUUUGUCUCGUCACGCACGAACCGCCACAAAGAUACCCCGAAAGCUGUCCAACAACGACCGGAGGACUUUAUGGACGAGGAGGAUCUUGCCGAUGCUGAAGAAGCCAAGAAGAUCCAGACCAACGCCGCCUUCGCCGGGCUAGGCUCGACCGCGAACGAUGCCACACGAGCGAGCGGCCUCAUGGGCCUCUUUCGUCCCCAGGGUGAAACCAUGGGUGUGAAACUACUCAAAAAGAUGGGCUGGAGGGAAGGUCAAGGCAUUGGCCCCAAGGUGCGGAGGAAAGCGCGGCUCGAGCUGCAAAACGAUGCGACCGCGCAGACGGAGACUUUUCUCUUUGCGCCGGAAAAUGUACCCAUGAUUGCAUUUGUGAAGAAGACGGAUCGCAAGGGCUUGGGAUACGCGGGAGAGAGCGGACUGACGCCAAUUGGUCGAUCGGCGGGGUCAAAGAAAGGCAGUCACGGUGACACGGACGACGAAGACGAGGACGACUACGGCGCACUAGGACGACCCAAACUCACAAUAGGCGGGGGCCGAAAGAAGGAAACGAGCCAAAUUCGAGGAGGCAUAGGGAUAGGUAUCCUGAACGAUACCGGCUCAGACGACGAAGACCCAUACGAAGUCGGUCCCAAAAUAUCCUACAACCGAGUAAUAGGCGGAGACAAGAAGAAAAAGAAGGCUACGAUAGCGGCCAACCCGACGCUACAAGCAAAACCAAAGUUUAUCACCAAGAAAGCAGCAUCGUCGAUAUUAGGCAAAGUAGGGUUAGGGGUCCGCAAAUGCCACGACGGCCGCCUACCACUGGACGGCUUUGUCUUCGGCAAGGAAUCCGACGCGCUCACAACCGAAAUCAAUUCCGAAGGAAAAUACCCGCCUCCCCAGAUCCCUCCAGGGUGGGUAUCUUCCAGGACGCCCAAACCGGAAUCCGCCGGCGGGUCUCCUGCAAACUACGUCUCAACAGCCGACGUAGCCAAAGCCUCGACCCUCGACCCCAAAGCCCGCGCCGCUCUCCUUGGCGAAAAGCAGUUACCCGGAAAAUCCGUCUUUGACUUCAUCUCCCCGGCCUCUCGCGACCGUCUCGCCGCCGUCACGGGCCGCUCCGACCUGCCGCAAGCUCUCGGCGAAGUGCCGGCCGCCUACGCCCGCAGUGAAGCCGAAAAGCAGCAAGAGCUUCUCGAUCGCGUUCCCAAACUCGACAAGGAAACCGCCAUUGCCGCCAUCUCGCGUGGCAUCGGGGGUGGCGCGCCCUAUGCGGAAGACGAGGAGAAGCGCGCACGGUACAGAGGCUAUUUGGAGGUCCAGGCGGGGUUCAGACCGCAAUUACCACCGAAACCGGCGAAGUUGACGGAUGAGGAGUGGCUGAGGGAGUUUCAUGAGUUUUUCAAUUGCGCGAGGAUCUUUAAGCCGAUGACGGGGUUCAUGGCUAGUCGGUUUACUACGUCGUCUUCUACGAAGUCCUCGGCAUCAACUACGGGAGACACGAAGGAGGUGGUGUCAAGGCCGCCGCCAAAACCAGAAGACCCGGCAGAGGAAGCGGCGAGAUUGGGCAUGUUUGGCACCAUGACUAGGUCGGUUACGGAUUUUUAUCCUACGAGACUGUUGUGUAAACGGUUUGGAGUUAAGCCGCCGGCGCAUGUUCAGCCGGAUAAUUACGAUGCCACUAGUGGGAAGAAGAAGGAUGACGUUUGGUCGCAGUUCCAGUCGUACGGGUAUCAGGGUGGAGGAGGACCCGGUACUGUGGAGAGGGAAUUGUUGGGGUUGGAGUUUGGGAGUACUGGCGGCGGAGGAGGGAGUACAGCCAUGGCUGAUUUAGAAAGAGGCGGAGAGGCACAGAAGCCUGCUGCUGUGGUACUUGAUACGUCAAGGAAUGAAGCGUUGGAAGGGAAGAGGCCGGGUGAUGAAGUGUUUAAGGCCAUUUUUGGGGAUAGUGAUGAUGACGAGUGAUGGAGUUUUGGAAGAACCUUGAUGGUUUAUGAAGUACCCUGAUGGCCAAGUAGGUCAGGGGCAGGGUUAGGGUUGUACCCACAUGUGUCACCAACAGACACUGAAGUACAGAGGUGUGAAUAGGAUCACUCACCAACCAAAAUUCAAAACCUAUAGAGCUUUCGAACA